ACCUAUCCACUCUUCCUCUUCCUCCACCACUACAAACCACCGCAAGAGCCACCGGAAAAUUUUAUAAAACUUGUUUUUUUACUUUCUUGAUUGGUCAAAACAUGGUCGGCCACCCGAUGGAGAAAGCCGCAAACGGUGUGGGAGCGUUGGAAACGCAGACGGCUGAGUUAGAUCAGCCUGAGCGGCUCCGGAAGAUCAUAUCGGUGGCUUCGAUAGCAGCCGGUGUACAGUUCGGUUGGGCUUUACAGUUAUCUCUGUUGACUCCUUACGUCCAGCUACUCGGAAUCCCACAUAAAUGGGCUUCUCUGAUUUGGCUCUGUGGACCAAUCUCCGGUAUGCUUGUUCAGCCUAUCGUUGGUUACCACAGUGACCGUUGCACCUCAAGAUUCGGCCGUCGUCGUCCUUUCAUCGUCGCCGGAGCCGGUUUAGUCACCGUUGCUGUUUUCCUUAUCGGUUACGCCGCCGAUAUAGGUCACAGCAUGGGUGAUCAGCUUAACAAACCGCCGAGGACUCGAGCUAUAGCGAUCUUCGCUCUCGGGUUUUGGAUUCUUGACGUGGCUAACAACACCUUGCAAGGACCCUGCAGAGCUUUCUUGGCUGAUUUGUCAGCCGGAAACGCUAAGAAAACGCGAACCGCAAACGCGUUUUUCUCGUUUUUCAUGGCGGUCGGAAACGUUCUUGGUUACGCUGCGGGGUCUUACAGAAACCUCUACAAAGUUGUGCCUUUCACCAUGACCGAGUCAUGCGAUCUCUACUGCGCCAACCUGAAAACGUGUUUCUUCCUAUCCAUAACGCUUCUCCUCUUGGUCACUUUCGUAUCUCUCUGUUACGUGAAGGAGAAGCCAUGGACGCCGGAGCCAACAGCCGAUGGGAAACCCUCGAACGUUCCGUUUUUCGGAGAAAUCUUCGGAGCCUUCAAGGAACUAAAGAGACCGAUGUGGAUGCUUCUUAUAGUCACAGCACUAAACUGGAUCGCUUGGUUCCCUUUCCUCCUCUUCGACACUGACUGGAUGGGCCGUGAGGUGUACGGAGGAAACUCAGACGCAACCGCAUCCGCAGCCUCUAAGAAGCUUUACAACGACGGAGUCAGAGCUGGUGCGUUGGGGCUUAUGCUUAACGCUAUUGUUCUUGGUUUCAUGUCUCUUGGUGUUGAAUGGGUUGGUCGUAAACUGGGAGGAGCCAAAAGGCUUUGGGGGAUUGUUAACUUCAUCCUCGCCAUCUGCUUAGCCAUGACGGUUCUUGUUACGAAACAGGCCGAGAACCACCGACGAGAUCACGGCGGCGCUAAGACAGGACCACCUGGUAACGUCACAGCUGGUGCUUUAACUCUCUUCGCCAUCCUCGGUAUUCCCCAAGCCAUUACGUUUAGUAUCCCAUUUGCACUAGCUUCCAUAUUUUCAACCAAUUCCGGUGCCGGCCAAGGACUUUCCCUAGGUGUUCUGAAUUUGGCCAUUGUCGUCCCUCAGAUGGUGGUAUCAGUGGGAGGUGGACCAUUCGACGAACUAUUCGGUGGUGGAAACAUUCCGGCGUUUGUGUUAGGAGCGAUUGCAGCAGCGGUGAGUGGCAUAUUGGCGUUAACGGUGUUGCCUUCACCGCCACCGGAUGCUCCUGCGUUCAAAGCUACUAUGGGAUUUCAUUGAAUUUUAGUUGUGCUUUAUUUGGCUCUCUUUAAUUUCUCUCAUAAGACAGUAGUAUUGUGCAAAAUCCUACAUAAAGAAAAGAAAAAAAAAAAAAAAGGAAAUUGAAAAACUCAUUGGGUUGGUUUGUAUUUUACCUAAACCCACUAUGUUCCUUUUUUUUUUUUUCCUCUGUAACUGAAUUUUCAUUUGGAGUACAUUUUACUUUUUAAUUUUCA